AUGUCGUCCCCCGCUGGUUCUCUGCUUCCCUCGCUCACCGGAUACUCGCUACCACAGCACUGCGAACCUUCGUCCAGUUUCCUAGCGUUUCUCUCGUCCGCGUUACAUGUAUGCAUUCCUAAUGAAUUGGGUCUGAUAUCGUCUAUACUCGGUUGUUUGAGUAUUGUCUCGUGGCUAUUCGCGCAACUACCUCAGAUUUAUAAGAACUACAAAUUACAGUCGACCGCAGGGCUAUCGGCAUUUUUCCUAGUUGAAUGGUGUCUAGGGGAUACUGCGAAUCUGGUCGGUGCCUUAUUCACUCGUCAGGCGACGUGGCAAGUAACGAUCGCUUCGUACUACGUUUUCGUGGAUGUCGUACUCGUCAUUCAGUACUACUGGUACACACACGUGAAGAAGACGGACAAAGGGAAGGAUAGUGUCAAUUGCUCGUUUGACGAAGAUCAUGCUCCGAUCUAUGAUGGGAUUCGCGUCAGAGACGAGGACCAACCAGCAAAUAAUGUGAAACCGCAAACAAUGCGCCCGUCGGAACCUAAGGAUGUCGGGCUGUUCAAAACGAAUGCGAACUCUCCUCCCCGCUUCUACUCGCCGUCAUACUCGGAAAAGUUUGAAAAUCGACGUGCACGUGGCACCGGUUUUCCUUCUGGAAGUAUGCCACUAGGUGUGUCGCCGAGAACCGUUCUUAUGACGUCGAUGUUGUGCGCUGUACUGGCAAACGCAUCUCCAACUCCGUCGUCCGUUGCAUCUCCUCACUCGCCUUUGCCCUCAGUAUUUGAUUCUAUUAAGGACCCUCACAAUAUGGAUAUCGAAACCAUUGGCCGAAUUUUGUCUUGGAUGUCUACAAUUCUCUAUCUCGGCUCACGGCUUCCACAACUGUACAAGAACUACCUUCGCAAAAGCACCUCUGGUCUUUCGCCUUUGUUGUUCAUGGCCGCCUUUUCCGGAAACUUCUUCUACUCUGCAUCACUCCUCACCAACCCCAACGCAUGGUACGAUUAUCCACCCUACGGCGGAGGUGGAUGGGCCGAUGCAAACGGCAAUGACCGGGUCGAAUGGGUCGCUCUCGCAACACCAUUUUUCCUCGGUGCAGCUGGCGUUUUGAGUCUUGACGCCUUUAUGGGCGUACAGUUUUUGAUAUAUGGUGACCGAGGCGACGAGCCGCUUGUGACGGUGGAUGACCCAGAGGACCCUGGUCACAAGCGAUGGAGACGCGUAAGCGGGUGGAUGAGAGGGUGGAUUCCAUCUGGCGAAUUGAACAAAUAUCUUCGUAGCAAUUCUGGAGAGACCCAGUCUCUACUUGGUGACCAUACAAGCCGUGGUAACGAUUACGGCGGUGUCUGA